UCGGUAGUUAUCAGGUAGCUUUAUGCACGCAACGACGAGCAGUCACCCACACACAAGGAAAGCAAAAGGGGGUUGCGCUAUUGAAAGGGGUUGAUAAUUUUUGACCCAAAGCUGUCGUGCGCUCUUCCAGUUUUGGUUCGCUGGCCGCUGCAGGUGGCUGGGAAAUAGUUUUACAGACAGUCAGAAAUCCUACAGGAGUCUUUCUCCUUAAAAAGAUUUGCAUAUCUGGUAACAUUAAAAUGCGGUUUUUUUAGCCAUCAAAGCGACGCGGUCUAAUUAGCUCCCCGGAGUGAAAGGUAACUUGGCUGCAGGUUUCUUGUUUCAGUUGAACUCGGCUGGUAUAGCCGGGCCACGGUGCUCGCCGAAGCAUCUGCAUAUCUGGGAUACACGCAAAAUCGAGCCCGCAGUCCAGCUGCAAGCGGGGAGACGCGCUGUGCAGACUCCCAAAUAUUGAACCUAUUUGAAUGGAAGGCCGCCACCAUGGGAAGACUCCUGUGAUCUUCUGAGCGAACGGCACAAAGACAUGAAGAAAUAGCCCACUGGAGGAUGACGCCUCUUCAAUGAAGACUGUUGCCACCAGGUUUCACAAACACUUUCUGCUGUAACAGUCCCCAAAAGUGACACAGAAGUGUAAUGCUGUGCUCCGAGCGUGCCGUGCAGUGGGAAUGAGACUUCGGGGCAGGGAUCUUGAAGACUCUCCCGUAUCCUGGAUACCCAACAUCCUCGGCGUGCAGAGCGUCAGGCUGCGGCUGAGGCUGGAUCGCCGUGACAACAAGGGCAGAGGCUGUUGGCAGCUGGUUGACCUGGGCAGUGGGAGCGAACAGAGCUGCCGCAAGCUCCGUGAACGGGAUCGAGACAGGACGCCCCCCGCUCUGUCACAGAGUCCAAUGAGUAUUCCUGCAGCAUCAGCGCAGAAAACAGACAACAGUGAAAUGCAAUCGCCCGCCAUGAGUCCCUCCUUCAUAUCCGGCCCGCGAGGGAAGAUCCCGGGCCGGAAGAGGGGGAGACCGCCCAUCCGCAACGUUCCCAAAAUGGACUUUCAGAACCGCUACUCCGAGUCCCUGUCGCCCCUCAAAGUUCCCAAGAAGAGGGGGCGGAAGCCAGGAUUUAAGCUGAAGCCCCGCCUGGUGAUGACGCCCCUGGCCAUCUCCCCCCCCAGCAGCACCCCCGAGCCGGACAUGAGCUCCAUCCCGCAGGACGCCGCCACGGUCCCGCACUCCGCCACGCCCCAGGUGCUCACAGUCUGCAUUUAUAUAAACAAGCAAGCCAACACAGGUCCUAAUCUUGACAGGAAAAAAGUGCACCAGCUGCCUGAUCACUUUGGUCCUGACAGACCCUCAGUGGUGCUGCAGCAGGCCGUCCAGGGGUGCAUUGACAGUGCUUUCCAGCAGAAAGCCGUCUUCUCCCUGCUCACGCAGGGGUACGGCGGGGAGAAGAUCUCAGCCACAUUUGACGGGAAGCAGCACCUUCUGAGUCUGCCCGUCGUGAACAGUGUUGGCUACGUGUUGCGCUUCCUGAAGAAGCUGUGCCGCAGCUUGCACUGCGAGAACCUCUUCAGCGAUCAGCCGAUCGCUCCGCCCCACUCCGCCUCCUACCACUUUGAGGGACACGCGCACUCCACCGAGACGUCGAUGCCGGAGGACUACCUGGUGGACCCCAUCGACUCCAAGCGCUACUCCGUGGACCCCAGCGACUCGGCCUUCAACACCAUGAGCUCGCCCUACCCGCCCAAGCCCUACGGCUACCGCGCCUGCCAGCAGUUCCCCGGGGGCGCCACCGCCAUGGGCCUGUGCCGGCAGCCAUCCAGCCCCAGCACCUUCCAGGAAGGAAACAGAAGUGCCUACAGUCCGUCUCCGGAGUCGCAGGAGUCGAAACCGCCACCCAGCAAGGACCCGUCCACCUGGAGCGUGGAGGACGUGGUGUGGUUCGUGAAGGACGCCGACCCCCACGCCCUGGGGCCCCACGUGGAGGUGUUCAGGAAGCACGAGAUCGACGGGUACGCGUUGCUGCUUCUGAAGAGCGACAUGAUCAUGAAGUAUCUGGGACUGAAGUUGGGCCCGGCCCUGAAGCUGUGCUACCACAUCGACAAACUAAAACAGGCCAAGUUCUGAGGGCCCGGCCAACACGUCCAUUUUUCCACUUAAUAGCGUUGUAAU